UUGCUUAACCAACUGAGCCACCCAGGCGCCCCGGACUGAAUAUUCUUGACAUAUCACAUAGGCAACUGAACAAAUAUAAGGUCUGAAUAUUGCUGAUCUUUAAAGAAAAACCAAAUAAUUCUGAAAUGUUCUCUACAUAGGCUGAAAAUUUUUUCAGAAGAAAGCGUACCACUCUUUGGCCCCCCCUUGCCAUCCCCACCGGUGUUUACAGACCACCAGGAAUUCAGGGACUUUUUGCUAGUGAAAUUAAUUAAUGGUGAAAAAGCCACUUUGGAAACCCCAACAUUUGCCCAGAAACGUCGACGUACUCUGGAUAUGUUGAUUCGAUCUUUAUACCAGGAUUUGAUGCCAGAUUUGCAUAAGAACAUGCUCAAUAGACGAUCUUUUAGUGACGUCUUACCAGAGUCACCCAAGUCUGCACGGAAGAAAGAGGAGGCCCGCCAGGCAGAGUUUGUUAGAAUAGGGCAGGCACUAAAACUGAAAUCCAUUGUGAGAGGGGAUGCUCCGUCAAGCUUGGUGGCUUCGGGGAUCUGUAAAAAAGAGCCUUGGGAGCCGCAGUGUUUCUGCAGUGAUUUCCCUCACGAAGCUGUGUGCGCGGAUCCCUGGGGCCAGGCCCUGCUGGUUUCCACUGAUGCUGGCGUCUUGCUAGUGGAUGGCCUGGUUCCACUGUAUCCCAUUAGCGUCUGCUUAAUUUCAUUAGACCUACCCCCUUGGGAGUCUGCUUCUAUCAAGGUCGCUAUUAAAACUCAAGGUCCUCUGUAUUCUAAGUGCAGCAAAAGCUUCUUUGAAGGGAGACUAAAUGCUGAUGAAAGAUGCCAUGACCAUUUGUUUUGGGUUUGCAGAGAAAAUCCAGCUGUAAAAGAUCAGGGCUUCAUAAAGAGAUUACAAGAAGGAAAACAUGGCUAUGAAAGUCAUUAAAGUUACAUGUCACUUUCUCAAAUCCUUGCUUCCUCCCCCUUCCUGUGCUACCUGUUCAGCCACCUGAGAAAGAUUUGAUGGAGAAUAAAUGCUAAUUUAUUCUGUACACAGUAUCCCUCUGUCUUAAAUGUCAGACGAAGCGCUUCUGUCGUUUAUGAAUUCCUUACAGUAUUGUUUCGUGCGGUGGCCCCAUCCAUCCAUGGGGGAGCAGUGCUGCUUUUAGGCUAAGAAUACAGGCUUUGUCCCCGCACGGACCUGGGUUCCACAUGUUCAAGAUGUGACCCUGGACAAGCUAUUAGCACCUCUGAGCCUCAGAUCCUCCUCUGUUAAAUGGGAGUAUUAGAAGUUCCUACCUAAGAGGGUCGUUGGGGCAUUUCAGUUAAUAACGUGUGAAGCGCUCAGCCCUGAAGCCUGGCAUGCAGGAUGCCCUCCGUGUAUGUUAGCUGCCGCUCACAAAAUGAAAUAACCAGGGCGCCUGGGUGGCGCAGUCGGUUAAGCAUCCAACUCUUGG